CCAUUCCUCUUGAGUUGAGCUCCAACAGGCGGCGGCGGCGGCAGCCGAGAGCCAGGGACGUAGCGCAGCAUGGCUUGGACGGCCACAGGCACCCUCUGCUGCCGCCUCAUCCGCCUCCCCUCCGCCCGCUGCCCUCCCCCGUCCCGGGCCCGGUGCUCUGCAACCUCUGCUGCGCACAGCCCCGACGCGGUGGACAUGGAGUACGCGGACCUCAACCUCCGGCCGCUCUACCCCAUUAGGGGCCAGCAUCUGCGCAUCCGGCAGCACGUGAACCCGCUCAGCUCAUCCUUCUCCGAGCCCACGGAGCCGCCAGAGUGGAAGGAAGUGUUCGAGGACCCCCUGCUGCCCCUCAUGGUCGACAUCGGCUGCGGGAGUGGCAGGUUCUUGAUUUGGCUCGCAAAGAACUCCGACCAGAGGCGGAACUACCUUGGUGUGGAAAUCCGGCAAAAGUUGGUGGAGCGAACACAAUUUUGGGUGAAUGAAUUGGGGCUUCGGAAUGUCUAUUUUAUGUUUGCAAAUGCAACGGUGUCUUUUGAGCAAAUCAUAUCAUCGUACCCUGGUCCCUUGUCACUUGCUUCAAUACUGUGUCCUGAUCCACACUUUAAGAAGAGACAUCAUAAAAGAAGAGUUCUACAGCCACCAUUGGUCGAUUCAAUCACCAAGAAUCUCUGUUUAGGCGGACGGGUUCUCAUUCAAUCAGAUGUACUGGAAGUAGCUGCAGACAUGAGAAAAAGAUUUGAUGGGUACUCUGACAUUUUGGCACAUGUUGAUCGUGUUGAUAAAGAUCUUCAUUGUGACAAUGAAGGAUGGCUUCUGGACAACCCAAUGGGAAUCCGGACAGAAAGAGAAAUCCAUGCAGAGCUAGAAGGUGCCACUAUAUACAGGAGGAUGUACCAAAAGAUUAGAGAUGCUUCUCACUAAUGGUUCAUCGGAUCAUCAGCUACAGAAGUUGUCAAAGCAGUAACGGCUUAUGUCUUCCUGCUUGAACCAUGCAUCACAACAACCAUUUUUUGUUGUCACCACCAGCCUAUUUCUAAAUUAAGUGUCCUUUACUACAUCAAGAUGCAUUAUACUUGUGACAGUGCAGCACUGCAGAUCCUCAUCUUUGUUCACCUGAUGCGAAGAGUCAGAUUAGUCAAUGCUUGGUGAGGAUGGCAAUUGGCAAGGCAGUUCAUUUGUUACAUCAAACUAUGCUUAUGGUGUUUGGCAUCUGCUAGUGUCUGUUCCAGCAUUCAGGUCUGGGAGUGAGUCACCGAAGAUUAGUUGGCAUACAAUUUCUAGAGGCAAUCCAGAUGAGGCUAUUUGGUGUACAGUACGAUUGCAAACAUGGCUCACUCAGGUCAUGUACCUUGGGUUUAAUAUAGAAAAGGAAAGGUCAGACCAUGUCACAUUAAAUUUGUUUUUGAGUUGCAGAUCUGUUUUGGUUCAAAACAGAGUUGUAGAUCUUUUAGUUUCUUCUGUUGCAAGUAUAUGGAUGAGGAAUCCUAGGCAUUUUUGCCAGUGAAGCUGCCCCCUCCAAGCUAACUAGAACUGGAUCACUGUUUGUUGUAUUGGUAUAAUGCUAGAUAGCUACCAGUUAUUAAACAUUCUUGUGUGCAAGACUUGGCUGUAUAUGCCUCUGAUCCAUGAUAGUUGAAACCA